UUGAACUACCUCGAGCCACUGGACAAUCUCAGUGGUGUAGUUGGUAAGACACUGCUCUAGAAUCACAAAGGUCAAGGGUUCAAAUCCCAUUCGAGUUAUAUGCCUGUGAUUUUGUUUUCACUGAAUUUUGUCUUCUUGCAACUCGAAUGACCAAUUGAGUCAAAAUGUUCAUGUGAGUGAACAUGCCAGUGAGUUGCUGUGUGGUGGGCUGUGCGAAUCAGAAGUUGAAAGGCAAUCGUUUGUCCUUUUUCCGAUUUCCCAAAACAAAUCGUCACAAAAGAGGAGCGUGGAGGCGAGCAGUGGGUAGAGGUUGCGAGUGGGAAUUGACGGGCAAUGAUCGUAUUUGCGGGGAGCAUUUUGUCGGAGGCUGGCCGAGUGAUUUCCAAGAGGAUGAGAAAAAUCGACCAACAUUGAACUUAAAUGUCAAGGUUCUCAGCGAUACCAUACGUACCCAACAAUCUGAUCGUUGUCAACGUCUGGCGAGCCGUCAACAAACAAUUGAUGAAGAAUUUGAGAAGAAAAGGAAGAGAGAAGAGGAGGAACAGGCUGCUAUGGAGCUAAGUUCAUCACUGAAUGCAUCAGUGCAUAUGGAUAGUUAUGCCGCAACUCACCAAGAACUGCGUGAUGAGGUCAAACGGCUUUCAGAUGAGCUGAAGUCAAAGGAAAAGCAGUUCACAUUGUCUACAAAAAUAAAAGAAAACGACAAAUACACCAAAUUCUACACAGGUCUGCCAAACUGGGUCACGUUUGUAUAGCUUUUUAAUUUGUUACUGCCAUUCACUCACAGGGUGAGAUAUAAUCAUGGGUGUAUAGAUAAGGAAACAGAUGGAUUAAGGAGACAUAUGAGGCUUUCACUUGAAGAUCAACUUUUGGCAACUUUGAUGCGAUUGAAAGUUGGGUUGUUUUUGACAGACCUGUCAGAUCGCUUCAGUGUAUCUGUGUCUCAUAUGUUCUGAAUAAUCACUACUUGGGUCUUUCUGAUGGAAAAAGUUCUAUCUCCUUUUGAAUUUGCCACCCACUAUUGACAUCAUUAAUCAGACAUUACCUGGACAGUAUUCAAAGUUUGAAAAUAACGUUUUAUAAUAGACUGUACUGAACUAUUCAUUGAGACCCCUUCUAAUUUCACUGCUCAGUCAUUAACCUGGAGUUCUUAUAAGCACCAUAAUACCGUCAAAUUUCUUGUAACGAUAUCUCCAACAGGUUUUAUUUCAUAUGUAAGUGAAGCGUGGGGAGGCAGAACAUCAGAUCGUACAAUAACUGAAAAAAGUGGUUUCCUAUCUCUUCUAAACAAGGGAGAUCUUGUCUUAGCAGACAAAGGCUUUACAGUCGGUGACGGGGGGCAUUUCUGAAUAUUCCGCCCUUUCUGAAUUGUGUGUUUGGACAGUUUACUGUUGAUGAAGUUUGCCAAACCCAAAACAUUGCAGAGGUAAGGAUACAUGUUGAGCUGGCCAUUGGAAGGGUCAAACAAUUCCACAUUUUGGACCCCAAUAUUCCUCUUUCUCUGAAAAGCUCACUCGGUACUAUUUUUAAAGUUUGCUGUUAUCUAUCCAAUUUGUCAGAUCCUCUUGUGUUCUAAAACAGUGCAGCGUAAGUAACUGAAACUAACUUAGUACUCCACCCCUGGUGCAGAAGCGCUAUAUUUUUCUGUAUUCCACUCACUUGUGUGAUAACUUUUAUUGUUGUCUAAAUUGAUAAUAUAUUGGUAACAUUUAUUGAGCUAAGCAGGAGUGUAAAUAAACUGUGAAACAGUGAAUAAACUAAUUUAUUGCAAUUAAAUUGUUGUCUAAAUUGAUAAUAAAUUGGUAACAUUUAUGGACCCGAGCAGGAGUGUAAAUAAACUGUGAAACAGUGAAUAAACUAAUUUAU